AUCUAUUUACGUAAUUUGAAAAUUUAAAUCAAAUGUGGGAUUACAUUAAUUAACUAAUUUAAAUGAGAAGAAAAAAAAAACUUGGCAAAAGAAAAAUGGUUGAAAAUUUUCUGGUCGUAUAGCGGAAUAUCAUGAACAUUUUGAUGAACAUCACCAACACAAUCAGUGUCACCAGAUAUUAAAGAUCUUGAGAUAAGAUGGCAACAGUUGUUUUAUAAAACAAGAAAUUAGAUUUGAAUUUUUUUCCACGGAUAUUUAAAUUGACCACAAAUACGAAUGCAAUUUUGAAUCGAAAUUUUAUGCGAAAAGAAGCGAAAAACUAGUGACAAAAAAAAUGACCGAUUCUGUACAAAUUUUUCUUCGAUUACGUCCAUGUAUUGAACAACAACAACAACAACCACAACAAAAACAAUCAAAAAAUGUUUUAAAAAAUCAAAUGAAAAUAAAUGAUGAUAAUACGAUUGUAUCGAUAAUAAAUUCCGAUCAAAUUGAACAAUAUGAAUUUGAUCAGAUUUUCAAUACGGAAACCGAUCAAUCGACUAUAUUUACCCGGAUAUGUCGACCAAUGUUAAAAUCGUUGAUUGAUGAACAAAAAGAUGCCCUAUUAUUUGCAUAUGGUAUAACAUCAUCAGGUAAAUCAUAUACAAUUAAUGGAAUGCCUAGUGCACCUGGUCUAAUACCACGUACAUUGGCUUAUCUAUUUCAACAAAUACCCACUCAACAAUUAUUUAAUCAUGAAAAUUAUCGUAUCAAAUCGAAUAAACAAAAUGGAUUUUUUUUGGUCGAAAUCAACAACAACAACAACGAUGAUCAUUAUUUUGAUGAUGAAUGGGAAACAUUUUGCCAAUCGUUAGAAUCAAUGACAUUAUCAUAUGAACGAAAAUAUUUUCAAACAUUAAAACAAUGGUCCAAUAUUUGUAUUGAAAUUGAUGACGAUGAUGAUCAUGAAGAUAAUGGUGAAGAUGCAAAGAUAAUGAAAGAAUCGCUGAAGAAUGGACAGAAAAAAUAUUGCUUAUUCAUAUCGUUUGUUGAAAUAUAUAAUAAUUAUAUUUAUGAUUUAUUGGAAAUACCAAAUCCCAAACAAAUGAAAUGGAUACGAACAAGACAUACACUAGUGAAUGAUUCAAAUCAAAUGGUUUAUGUACAAGGUGUUCAGGAAAUACAGGUAAAAAAUCUUGACCAAGCAUUUGGUGUUUAUCUUUUUGGAUUACAAAAUCGUCAAUUAUCGCAAACAAUGAUGAAUGAACAAUCAAGUCGUUCACAUAGUAUAUUUACAUUGAAAUUAAUUCAUUUGGAUGAUGAUCAUCUUGCUAAAGGUGGUGGUUAUCCUAACCUUCAAUUAAAAGUUAGUCAAUUUUCAAUUGUUGAUUUGGCCGGUUUAGAACGUUUAAAUCGAACCGGGAAUUGUGGUAGAAAAUUAUUCGAAGCUGGUUGGAUUAAUAAUUCAUUGAUGACUUUACGUACUUGUUUUGAUGCAAUACAAAAAAUCAAUAAUAAUCAAAAUAAUCAAAAUACGGAUCGAAUAUUGAUACCAUAUCGUCAAAGUCGUUUAACAUACUUGUUGAAACGUUUUUUUGAAUUUCGUUCGACGAUACGAAUGAUUUUAUGUGCCAGUUUCGAACGAGAAAAUUUCGGUGAAAAUCUGCAUGUAUUGAAUUUUGGACGAAAAAUUCAACGAAUUCGUUUGGAUUUAGUACAAAUUCGUCAACGAAAUCUAUCCGGUGAUUCAAUUCCAGAUGAUGGUCAAGAUGAACUGAAUUAUGGUGAUCUUGAAGAAGAUCAGAAUAAGGAAUCACCAACGAUGAAAAACAUUGAAAAUUUCAGACAAAAUUUUCAACAAUUUGAAUCAAAAUUGAAUGAUUUAUCCGAUCGAAUGGAAUCAAUUUUACAAAAAUUGGAUCAAUCAUUGAAACAUUUACCGCCAACACGUCUGGAUCGACAACCAAUAUUUUUACCAUUACAAUUAUUAUCAUCAACUAUGGCAGAAAAUAAUCGUUUAAAUUUCCAACAAAUUCUUUUACGAUUACAACAACAACAAAAAUCAUUGAACAACAAUAAUCAAUCAUCAAAAUCAUUGAUUGAAUUACGUGAAUUUCGUCAUGAAUUACAUCGUUGGCAACAGGAUAAUCGUGAAUUGGAAACAAAAUUUAUUGCAUUAUUGGCCGAUUGCCAACAACGUUAUCGUGUCGAUUUAUCAUCAUCAUCAUCGGUUUCCCAUCAUCAACCAUCAACAAUGAAUGGAAAAUUUAAUGAAACAACCAUGAAUGUUUAUGAUCGUCUUUAUUAUCAAUCACCAGCCAGAUAUAAACAAAAUCAAUUAAUAAAUCGAUCAAUAAUUGAAUCAAAUAAUCGUUUUCAGAUCAAUUUGAAGACAAAGACAAAAACAACAGCGACCACGACAACGAUAAAAAAAUUACCACCAUUUCGAAGUAAUCAAAGUGGUGGUGGUGGUAAUAUUGUCAAUCAAUAUGUUCAUCGUUUUGUGACUAAUACCGGUACCGGUGUUGUUGGUGGUGGUGGCGGUAGUGUUUAUCGUUCGGCUGCUGCUAUUCGUCGACCAAAUCCAACUGCGUCAAUAGGACCAACACCGAUAAAACGUUCAACCGGUGGCAGUACAAAGAUAAUUCCACGAAUGCGAACGAUAAUGUCAACAACAACGACGACGGAUAAAAAUUUCAAUGGAAAAACUAUAACAAUCGUUAAUAAUAAACGACAAAUGUCGGAUAAAAUUCGUAAAUUAUGUAGAAAAUUCGAACCAAUAGAAAAACUAGAAAAAUCUAUUGUUAAACGUAAAUUAUUUUAAAUUCAUAAAAAUAAAAAACAACAAACAACAACAUGUA